GCUCGACCGCGAACUCGGGGCGAACUGGUCGAAGCGCGCGCGACCGCCCCGGUUUUUUAACCGUCCUCACGGCAAGCUUACCACAAGCGGCUACCGCCGCCGCUGCCGCCACCGCCGCCGCCACCGUUGCCGUCGUCGUCGCUGUGUGUGCGCGCCAGGGCAGCACUCGCCGUCGCGGAGAGACGACGCGUGUCUAAAUUUGAAUACUCUCUGGCAGCGUAGAGGAGAAGCAGUGCCGUCCGCGCGUGUUACGCCGUCGGAGCCUCCGUCGCCGCCGUCUCCGCUUCGCUGGUCGUCGUCGUCGUCGUCGCCGCUGUCGUCACGCGUGAAAAGUAUAUUUUAAGAAAGACGCUCCCUCGUCGUGCAUCUAGUCAACGCAUCUAGUCCCCGCGACCACGUCGUGGAUAAAAGCUAACCUAUCUAACCGCGCGCGCGACGGACGGAGCGGGCGUACUCACGCAUGCAUGUACGCAUUCACGCACGCACGCACGCAUGCACGCACGACGACCUAAGAAUAAUUCACGACACGCCGCGACACGUUAUUAACCUGUACGCCCCUAUAAAUAAUCGUACGCCCUUUCGCGAGUGAUUCACGGCGAAGGUGAAGGAGGCGGAGAAAGAGAGAGACAGACGGAGAAAGAGAGAACGAAGAACGGAAGACGAAACGGAAUCGCUGAGAGAGGGACGGGGCUACUCGACUCCGAGUAAAUUCGUGAUCGUCGUCGAUAGGUUUUUCCUCCGCUCAUCGAUGCGAGCUGCGACGUGAGAAUCGCCGAGCGAGCGACGGCGCGCGAGAGAAAGAGAGAGACAGAGAGAACUACUCGUCGCCGACGGAUCGCGAGAAAGCGCAGAGCGACUCGCGUAUACGAGAGUCUCGCUCGGGAGACCGAAGAGAGGGAACAGAAGCAGCGAGAGAGACGAGAAGAAGCGGAGUCCGACGGAGGAGAGAGUGUGCCAAAGAGAAAAAUCGCCGAUAGAGAGACAAUAACAACGUGGGAGAGAAAGAGAGAGAAAGAGACCGUUCCCGUUGGUGCCUGUUGGUUCGUUGAUUCAUUCGUUCAUACGUUCGUUCGUUGUUGAUUCAACGUGAUACUUAGCACCGACGACGCGAAUCAGUGUUCUCGAGCGCGUCGAGUCUCGCGACAAUCCCCGUAUAUCCGGCGACGAGGAAAGGAGGAGAAGGAGAAAGGAAAAAGAAGAGAAGGAGGAGGAGGAGGAGCACGAGCAACAGCAGUCCGGAAAGUUUUGUUUUGAUCGGCGGAGUCGCGCGCGAUCCCGCGAUCUCGUUUCCCAUCUCUCUCUCCCCGUGUCUCUCGGUGCGCGACCACCGUGAGCGGCCGCGGGGGUGCCAUCGUGCUGGGGAGAUAUCGAUCGCGCGCGCGGGACCAUUGACGUCGUUCGCCAGCGUUCUGGAGAACGGCUGAACGCGGAAAGAGAGCGAGCGAGUGAGGAGAAGAGGAGAGAGAGAGAGAGAGAGAGAGACGACGACGACGGUAUUCCCAUCGCCGGCGACCCGGCGUUCGCUAACAACAGCAAGAGCGAGUCUUCGUCGCCGUCCUUCAUCGACGGUGCGCGCGUGCGCGCUCACGCGGCGUGUCCUCGAGCGCGAUCGCGAUCGCGAUUUGGCGCGGUGCGACGCGGCGCGGCGUGUCGCGUCGCGGCGCCGAUCCCGAGGAUCGCCCGCUCGCUCGGCCUCGCUCCCGUUGACGCUCUCGCGCACGAGGAGAUCGAUCGAUACGCGCUGCCUCGGCAGGGACUCGGCCGGCCGAACCGACGUCGUCGACAUGCCCCGUUGAUGAUCCAGCAGGCUGUCCGGCUGCGAGAUCCGUGUUCUUAAUAUUCCAUCCAGUGAUUUUGAAGACUUGUCUCUUAUCCAAGACGUGGUGCAACAAUGGGUCGAAAGAAGAUACAGAUUUCACGUAUCACGGACGAACGGAACCGUCAGGUGACCUUUAACAAGAGGAAAUUCGGCGUGAUGAAGAAGGCUUACGAAUUGUCGGUGCUGUGCGACUGCGAGAUUGCGCUGAUUAUCUUUAGUUCGAGCAACAAGCUGUACCAGUAUGCGAGCACCGACAUGGACAAGGUUCUCCUCAAGUACACCGAGUACAACGAACCCCACGAGUCCCUCACCAACAAGAAUAUCAUCGAGGCGCUCAACAAGAAGGAACAUAAGGGUGCCAUGUCUCCGGAGAGUCCGGAACCUGAUGCGAUCGAAUACAAUCUUACCCCGCGCACCGAAGCCAAAUACACGAAGAUCGACGAAGAAUUUCAGAUGAUGAUGCAGAGGCACCAGCACAAUGGCAGCAGGACAAUGGGACAAUCGAAUUACACGCUACCAGUAUCUGUACCAGUCAACAGUUAUGGCGAAUCUCUUCUUGGAUCUAGUCCGCAGAUGGCGCACACCAGCAUUUCCCCGCGUCCAUCAUCGUCUGAAACGGAUUCAGUGUAUCCUCCGGGCGGAAUGCUGGAGAUGAGCAACGGCUAUCCUCCGUCAGCGUCACCGUUGGGUGGUUCGCCUAGUCCAGGGCCGUCGCCUGCGCUCGGGGUCGGCGGGGGUAGUGCGAACAAAGGCAGCAAUCCAUCUAGGCAUUCGCCGCAACCUCCACCGCCACCGCCGCCGCCUCAUUCUCACAGGGCUAAUCUCCGAGUGGUCAUACCGACGCCGCUCGCUCAGCCUCUCUCCGAAGACACUAAUUACGAUAAUGCCCAUACACAGUCCGCGCUGAACACACCGGUAGUAGCGUUACAAACACCAACAGUACCAGCUGGAUACUCUAGUUUUGGACCAACAGAUUACUCCUCGGAUCUCGGGAACCUAGCAUGGUCUCAUCAGAGGUACGUUGAUGACUUAUCAAUGUAUUCGGCAGCCACCAUGUCCAGCAUCAGCGGUCUUCCUCAUCUAGCUGUAUCGAGCAGUACACCACCGCCGUCUACGUCGCCUUUACCUGUAAAAAUAAAGAGCGAACCGAUAAGUCCACCCAGAGAUCCGCACGGUGGUAACAGCGGGUCCAACGGGGGACCCAGCAAUGCUAGCAGCCUGCACCACACGAACCUGAACGUCGGUCCUUCAUCGAGCACCGGCGCCCCGCCGCCGCAUCACGUGUCUCAUCCGGGUCCUCAGACACUGAAUUUAGUGUCGAGCAGACCGAGCAGCAAUCCACCUCCGUCCCACUCGGGAAGCAUAACGCCGACAAAUCUCCCCUCGCCGGGCAGUGGUGCGGUCGGUGAUAUCAGAACGAACCAUUCUAGCGGUGGCGGUAACGGAGGGAACAGUUCAGACUAUGAGAACGGGCCGCUGAUGAAGCGCUCGAGAAUCACGGAGGGUUGGGCGACUUAAUGUCGAUCGAAUUGUUGCACUCAGUUGUUUCAUACCUCGACGUACAACGGCGCAUAGUGCUUGUGUGAGUUCCAGUAUGUUUAAAAAAAAAAACAGACUCAUUUUAACUCUCUCGUCUUUGAGACAUACCACCACACCACACAUGGUCAUCUUGUACUUCGUACUUCGCGUGAAAUGAAAAAAAAAAACGUUCAGCAACGUUUGGCCGCGGCCCCAUGUCUGUUCUUCGCCGCCGGCCGGUAGCUAGCGGAGUGGGAGAAAAUCUGUUUAUAUUUUGAAGCUGACACAGAAUAUACAUUUAUUUGAAGAAGAAAAAAAUACGGUGCCAUAAUGUUGAAACUUUAUAUAUAUAUAUUAUAUAUAUA